AUGGCGAGGAAGAGAGACGCGGAGGCCGAGCUCAACCUGCCGCCGGGAUUCAGGUUCCACCCAUCCGACGAAGAGCUCGUCGUGCACUACCUGUGCCGGAAGAUAACCUGCCAACGCCUGCCCGUCCCUAUCAUCGCCGAGAUUGAUCUAUACAAGUACAAUCCUUGGGAAUUACCAGAUAAGGCAUUAUUUGGACAGAAAGAAUGGUACUUCUUCACACCUCGGGACCGGAAGUACCCGAACGGCUCGAGGCCGAACCGGUCUGCCGGGAAGGGAUACUGGAAGGCGACCGGUGCUGAUAAGCCGAUCUCGACCAAGGGGAGCAAGACAACUCUUGCAAUCAAGAAAGCCUUGGUCUUUUACUCCGGGAAAGCACCGAGAGGAGUGAAGACCGAUUGGAUUAUGCAUGAAUACAGAGUGGCCGAUACGGACCGCCGUGCCAACAAGGGAAGCCUGAGGUUGGAUGACUGGGUUCUUUGCCGGCUGUACAACAAGAAGAAUACCUGGGAGAAGAAGCAGCAACAAAGGGCGACGUCCUUUGGAGAGCCCAUCGAUUCAUCGGACGAGGCAUGGUCAGCAGCAGACAGCUUCAGAACACCAGAUUCUGAAAUUGAAAAUGAUUUUGUGUUGCCGCAUUUCAAUGAUCUAGGCAGCCCAUCACAAGCUUCUGCUGGAGUGCAAGCAUGGAGCGCCAGGCAAACAAUUGGCCUCCAGAUGGUGGAAAAAGGUCCGAAAGAAGAUAAUGAAUGGUUCAUGGACUUGAAUCUGGAUGAGUUGCAGAGCACUUACAUGAGCUUGGGAUCAACACCUGCCAUGGAUGCAACAAACCAAGAUUAUUUCUUCCAAUCCUUAGUACCGCCCAUGCCGAGGCCAAAUCAGACCAGCAUGCUACCUUUCUGAAUUAAGUGGGAAGUUGAAGAUGUAAAUAAGGGUAGAUGCAAACAUCUAAAGAACACUCUAGGAUUUUUCACUUCGUUUCAUGCAUUAUAUGCAAACACUUUUGAAACAA